UUAAAGUUGUAGGCGCUUUUAAGGUGAUGCACACUGACUGAUAUUUCACUUCGAGCGAAUGUUUGGUAAAAUGGCUGACGUUAUUGUAAAGUUAUUUAAAGGUUUAAUGUGGAUUGUCCUGAUUACUUUAAGUGUGCAAACUGUUGUCUCGGCAGAGAAGAAAUGUGUACAGACAGUAUGCGAUGUAAAGGGCGGUUAUUGUUGCGCUGGUAAUCUGAAUUCUACAGCCGCAGUUAAACCGUGUUGCUGCACGUCAGAUCCAACCAGAGGUUUCUCCAUAUUCUGUUCACGUUCUAACCAUUCAUCAGUCACAUUGGCCUGGGAUUGGAUUGUGCUCAUCGUGGGUGUUGUUUUGAUCAUCGUUGGUGUUGUGGGAUACCUCAUCUACAGAAGACGAAGACGUGCCUAUGCUUCCAUAUAGUCGGCACGUUUCAAGAAUAUUAUGAAUAACGUAGGACUGCGAAAACCUAAUCCAAAUAUACAAUAAAACUUAACAAGAGCAGCACCGAACUAUCAAAGAUCUACACACAAAACUUUCAACUGACCACCCAUUAACUAUUACAGGACAACCCAGAACUAACCCAUAACUGCCACAAAACACACAAAAAAAACUCUGAACUAUCACAUAUCUACCAUAUAACGCACACAAUUUACCACGGACCCAGCCUUUAACUUUACCAGAACUAUCAAGAACAAUCCACGACCAGGACUCCAACAAUUUAGCUCUUAAAUACACCAAGAAGAACCACUGAACACAUUUGUCACCAUGACUUCCACUGGACACCAAGGUUUACCCUUCUCUUAAGACUUCCGCACGGCGCACACAAUUCACAGUAUUCAAGGACCAACCCAAUAAUACCCUCCAGCUACCGCAGGACACUGAUGUAUUGAUGCACGUUACACCGGGACGCCCCAAAAUUAUGCAAUUUUAGAAUAUGCAUGCAUUUACUCUUGAUUGACAUUUAAAAACGCCAAAAUGUGUUAUAUACUUUUGCAUAUAAGCUAUGUUCACCAUUUUGGUAUUCUAUUGUGUUGCUUCAGUUAAUUUUUCUGCAGAUCAAUCUGCACCAAAAUAGGCUAAAAGUUGAGUUUUUAUUUAUUAAAAGAAAUGAAACUAAUAUAAUUGGCUCUUACAAUAUCUUUAGUGUCAGAUAUGUUCCCUAAAAUCCAGUGUUGGAAUAUUUUUCUCUUUUUAAGAUUAAGAUCAUGGGCGUCUUUUGAAUUUUGUCUUCUUGAUUAAAUAUAUAAUUUAUUAAUGCUAAGCAUUUUAAACGCGUUUAUGCUAGAUAUGACUUUAUUUCAGAUCGUUAAUCGAAUAUUUGUAAAGAAAAAGUGUAUAUAGAAUAAAUACAUUUUUCGAUUUAACCUUAAAUCAUAGU